AGGCUAUCUAGCUCUCACUGCCACCAACACGCAUUCUUGCCUUGUCGUCACUCGUGCUUGCUGGUUCAAUUUCUUUCGUUCUCUAGUUUCGCGCGUCGUUGUUGUCAUUUAAGGUCCAACCAUUUGAACUCAAGAGUGUUAAGGUUUUGCCCUAGUAACAGUGUGACAGUGUGGCUUGAUCGUUUCAACCAUUUUCAUUUUGUGGCCCCGUUGUCAAAUCAAGAAUCGUUUCACUCCUCGUUUUGUGAUUCUCUUUCCCGAUCUUUCGUCACAGGUUCUAGCGCUCAUAUGGUGCGUCAAACACAAUGGUGAGAUGGAGAAUCGCGACCCAACACUGACGACCGGCAUUCCGUCCCAGCUGCAGCAGGGAACCUCCUGUAAAAGUCGUCCGUGCCUUCGCUUCAGCCUUUCCUAGAGGAGGUGGUUAUCGUUGCCUCAACUGGCCCAGGCUAGACUGCACAAGGUCAUAAACCGUGCGAGUCGAAUAUCUCGCAGUCGAAGACGGACUAGAAUCGCCAAAACAAAUCUGACAAACCUCUGCUUGUCGUCAUGGCGCUCGAUUUUUUGGCUGGCUGCGUUGGAGGUUGUGCUGGAGUUGCCGUUGGGUACCCACUGGACACUGUCAAGGUCCGAUUGCAGACGCAAGAUGCAAAGCAUCCUACCUAUCGUGGAACAUUUCACUGCCUGCAGACCAUCGUGCAGCAAGAAUCGGUGCGGGGCUUGUUCAAAGGAAUGUCAUCACCGAUGGCCAGCGUCGCCGUGAUCAACGCCAUGAUUUUUGGCGUUUACGGCAACGUUCAGCGUCGACUCAGCGAACCGGAAUCGCUGCGUUCCCACGCUUUGGCCGGAUCCGUGGCCGGACUAGUUCAGAGCUUCGUUUGCAGCCCGAUGGAACUGGUCAAGACCCGCAUCCAAAUCCAAGAACAAGUCUGCACCAACGGUGUCCAACUGUACAAGGGGCCACUGGACUGCGUCCGUCAGAUAUGGCACGGCGAAGGGAUUCGAGGCAUUUUCCGCGGAUUAAACAUCACCAUCGCCCGAGAGAUCCCUGCGUUUGGUCUCUACUUUGCCAGCUACGAGGCCAUGACUCGCCGUAAAGAUUCAAGCAAGCCCCUCGGCACCUUUCACAUGAUGAUGGCAGGCGGGGCAGCCGGAAUUGUUUCUUGGCUCUUCACUUAUCCCAUCGAUUUUCUCAAGUCUCGUCUGCAGGUUGACGGUCUAGUUGGGCAACGUAUUUACAAGGGCAUUGGCGAUUGCAUCAUGAAGACUUAUCAGAACGAAGGCUUUCACGGAUUCUUUCGCGGCAUGCCGACGACGCUGAUUCGCUCAUUCCCCGUCAACGCCGUCACUUUUUCGGUGGUGACGUGGAUUUUGCGCUGUUUCGAGCCGUCGCCUGAGAGUAGCAGCGUCACCUACCAGGAUGCCUCUUCACUGCAAGUGCCGGAAUCGCUGGUCAAUACGACGUCCUUCGCUCACGAUUACCAUCACGUGACGAAUCGAAUGCCUCAGAACGAGUGGCUGGCCGAGUGGAAGCCACUAAUGCCGAUGCUAACGUUGGGCCAUGUCAGUUUGGCUUUUCCGAGCCGCAACUAUGCGGUUCAUUGCGGCUGUAACGAUUGGCUCGGUGAUGCGGUGAGUUCGCUCGUCCACUUGAGCCAAGUGCACAACAUUAGCGCCGCUGCCAACUGUCGGCCAUCAUCGACCAAUGCGGCUAGUACGGUGGUUGAUAAACGGGCUGGCCCGUUGGACAACUGUCGCUGCCGGGAAGCGGAAGAAGAGAAGAAGCGUCAGCCAAUCCACAUAACCGGUGAUUCGUCGUACGCGUCGGCUGCGGCGGCUGCAGUGGCUGUCUGUUCGGCUGUUUGUUGUCCAACUGUGGAUGAAUUGGCUUAGAUUCACAAUCUGAGCGAGCAGUGCUGUUUUGCCUAUAAUGGAACAAGCUUGCUAACAAGCCAGCGAUUGCGAGCAACAGCACAAGUUCGUAGCCGUUUAGCUUCAGUAAAAGUGCAUAGUAAAAGAGAAACGAGUCCCAGCGCAACUCGUUAUUUUUACUUUUCCACUUCUUUUAUUCUCCUUGUCUUGUUAAAACACAAUUCUGCAUGUGGAAGUUUCUCAUUUUUUUUUACACCAAUUUUUACGCAAAUCCCUCAUACCCUUAGCAUACGUACUGGCUUAUGAAAAACAAAAACAAAACAAAACAAAACAAAAAAAUUAAAUAAAAAAACAAAAAAAAAACAUAAAUGUACAUAUACAGUAUAUACGAUGCAUACAAGCGUUACGACGAAAUUUAACUACGUCAAAGGCCACAGAUUUCGUUUGGCCUUGGCGUGACGUGCGUGCAGCGUUUGAAAGUGGCGCAGUGUGCAAGAUGUUUCUUUUUUGUUUGUUUUUUUGUUUUUUUUUCACUUUACUAUAUGCUGGCCCUGUUUUCAUUUCGCAUAUGGUUCGUUAUUUUACUCUUUCUUGUGAAUUGCGUCUCUGUGUUGCCUUAUAUUAUUGUGUAUGCGGGAUCUUUUUUCAAAUUGUUCUUGCCGCCUCGCGGCCCGAUCGUCAGAUGUCAUUGCUCGGGCUGUGAUUUUUCGAAGAAUCUACUUUGACUUUUUCUACCCAGUUCCCGUUGUUCCCUGGUUUCUGACUUGUUCGGCAACUAUCUGUAACUUUCAUUUUUCAUUUUGCAUGAGAUCUAAAUUUAUAAUUGUUAUCAACAUUGUUGGAUGACGAGGGUUUGCAAGUCUUUGGAUCGACUGUAUUUUCUAUUCUAUUUUAACGGUUCCUUCAUUUUCGGUUUAAGACUUUUGUAUUGCCCCCAAUCCAGCUUGAAUCUGUUGCAAAUACCGCCAAUCCAUCUCAUAAAAGCGACUAUAUCUAUUUAGCUUCAUUUAAUAUCUUCGUUGGGUACCGUGUGGUUGGUAUUU